CCCUCUGCUUGGGACAGUGUUUCAUUUUUCUCUUUUGCAGGUAUCAGAUAUUCAUAUCAGUAAAUUUCGGGAUCCCAAACGAGCUCCUGACUUGGAAAAAUUCUGUUCUGAAACAAUUGAUAUAAUCCAGCCAGCACUUGUUCUAGCAACAGGUGACCUGACAGAUGCCAAGACAAGAGAUAAACUGGGAUCUGAGCAGGUAGAAGCAGAAUGGAAAACUUACCAGUUGAUCCUGAAGAGAUCAAGGGUCAUGGAAAAAACCAAGUGGAUAGACAUCAAAGGCAAUCAUGAUUCAUUCAACAUUCCACACCUGGAUAGUGUUCAGAAUUAUUACAGGAAAUACUCUGCCUGGCGUAAAGAUGGCUCUUUCCAUUACAUCCACACAACCUCUUUUGGGAACUAUUCAUUCAUCUGUGUGGAUGCCACACUCAGCCCAGGCCCUAAGAGACCCUAUAAUUUCUUCGGGAUUUUAAACACGAAUCAAAUGAAAGAGCUAUCUUUGAUGGCAACAGAAAGUCUGCACAGCAAUCAUACUAUCUGGUUUGGCCAUUUUCCUACCUCAACAAUCAUCUCCCCAGCCCCAGGAAUACGAACAUUAAUGAGUUCUGCCACAGCCUAUUUAUGUGGACAUUUCCAUACAAUGGGUGGGCUGAUGCCAGCCUUGCACAGCCAACACCAUGGUGGCACUCUGGAACUUGAAUUGGGAGACUGGAUGGAUAAUAGGAGGUACCGGAUUCUUGCAUUUGAUCAUGACCUCCUUAGCUUCGCAGAUCUUAAAUUUGAAGAAUGGCCUGUAGUUCUCAUCACCAAUCCCAAAUCCUUCCUUUACAGCAGUUCUGCCCAUGAACCACUAGUCAAAAUUCUUCAUUCCACUCAUAUCAGAAUUCUGGCCUUCUCUCCUUCUGUCAUUAUCUCUGUCGAAGUCCGUAUAGACGGAGUUUACUUGGGGAAUGCACAUCAGGUGUCUGGCCCUCUCUAUAUACUGAAGUGGAGCCCGCAAAACUACAGUGAAGGGUUCCAUCACAUAGAUGUGGUUGUCCAGGAUGCUUCAGGAAGAGUUAGCACACGAGGUCAUAUAUUUGCUAUGGAAGAAAACCUCUCUCUUAGAUUUGGCUUUUGGCCGUCUGUUAUUCUACUCACUGACUACUAUGUUCUAGCUCGUGUGCUCUUUGGACUGAUUGUGCUGAUUCAGAUCGCCUUGCUCGUUAUUUUCAGAUACCUCCAAAAGCCAGCACUCAAAGAAAAGCCAGGAUUACUUACUCUGACCUCGUAUUCCCUUCAUGUCUUCAGUAAAACAAACGCCUUCUAUUAUUCAAUUCUGGUUCUGAAUUUAUACACCACUCUGGGACCAUGGUUUGUAGGUGAACUGGUAGAUGGCCAGGUGGGGGCCUGUUUUUCCUUUGGAGUGUUCGUCGGUGGUACCUUCUUACAGGGCAGUCUUACAUUUAUGGUUGGGAUUUUACAGAUGUUGUUUUUCAACCUGCCAUUAAUGGCCUAUCUGUGCUGGUGCCUGUUGCUGCGAUGCCAAGGUCACAGCUUCUGUUCUCACAUCCGGCAUGUCCGACGCCUCAUGGCUGUGCUUGUUCACCUGGCGAUGGCUCUCCUCCUGGCCUGGCAGGUCUAUUCCUGCUAUUUCCUGCAGAGAACCUAUGGGACCUUGGCUUUCUUCCUCUCCCCAAUGCGAACGUGGCUGGUGGUGCUGACCUCAGCUCUGAUUUAUAAAACCUGGACACUGAAAUCAUCUGAGCUCAGAACUUACAUAGUAGAAAUGAAAAACUGUCAGAGUUCCUGAAGUACAAUAUAAGUAUUCAAAGUCUUUGACUUAAAAACUGUCAAGGCACAACCUAUAGUUUUGUGAUGCUGGAAUUCUGUACAGCCCAACCAUUAGGUGGUAAGAUCUGAAGCUGCACUUGCAUUGCUACAGAGCUGUAUUAAAUAGUAAAUGUAUAACAAUAUGUAUUAUAAACUUUUAUUGUAUUAUACAUAUACAAUAUACUGUAUAAUACAUGUUAUAUAACACAGUUAUACAUUAUACCUUAAUACAGUAUACAGUAAACUGUGUCAUAAUCUCCAUAAUAGGAGGGGUUGUGAUACAGAAGGUGGAUAUGUCUGUAUGGAUCUGUUGUGAUUUAACCCGGCAGGCAGCUGAACACCACACAGCCAUUUGCUCAUUCUCCCCCUCCCCAGUGGGAUA